AUGAGUUUGGACUUCGUGAGUCAAAGUCGUGAAAAAUUGAGCGGCAGGCGGUCGGUUUACGAGGAGAUUUUGGGCGACAAUGAGUUUGUGGAGAUUUUGGGCGAAAAUGAGUUUGUGGAGAUUGGAAAAAAAGUAGGCAGCUUAAGUGGAGGUGAGCGCAGCCGUGUCCACCUAGCCAAAAUGCUGCUGGGUGGCCACAAUGUGGUGAUGCUGGAUGAGCCGACGAAUGAUCUUGAUGUCGACACGCUGCGCUCGCUGGAAGCUGCUCUCACGGACUUUAAUGGCGUGUCCAUGGUCAUCUCUCACGACCGAUGGUUCCUCGAUCGUAUUUGCUCCCACAUCAUUGCGUUCGAGGGUAACGGCCGUGUCGAGUUCUUUGACGGAAACUACACUGAGUACGAGCGGGAACAAAAGCGCAGUUUUAACAACUCGACCUGA